AUGGCCGAAACCGCGCCUGCUCAACCAGCGCCACCAACAAAUGGAGCAGCGGCACCCACACCCGGCACAGCAGCAGGAGCAGGGGCCCCGAAUGCGCCCGCAGACCAGAAUGCUACCAGUCGCGGGCUCCCAUACUAUGAGAAAUUGCGCCGAGAACUCAGAGACACACUACAGAAAAAGCGCUUAAUGGACAAGAGCAUGGCUCAACUCGAAGAUCAAAUUUUCCGCUUCGAACAAUCCUACCUCGAAGAAACCACCGCCGGCAACAUCAUCAAGGGCUUCGACAACUACAUCAAAGGCUCAUCGAGCGGGUCCAGUCUUGGUGCUUCGGGGCUAGGACUUGGUGGAGGCGCUGCUGGAUCAAGGCGAAAGGCUGCAGUCACAGAAUCAGACCGGGUUUUCUCGCGGAGCUCGGCAAGUUUCAUGAUGGACUCUCCUGGACCCUCUUCUGCUCAAACUACGCCCUCGCACGCAGCAACACCGGCAUCCACACCAGGUGGAAAUUUGUCAACGAAAAACGACGAUGACAAGCCUCCUGUUAAGCGUUUGAAGAUCAGCUAUGGAAGAGAUUGA